AAAAAUAGUGUGAACACCAUUUGGAAACACCGGAACAACCCGGAAGAAGAAGCUAGUGCAAAAUGUGAUAACACCGCGAGACAGAGGUCAGAAUUUCUCUCUCACAACCAUCUUGGAUAUAGAAUCCUGACUCGACACAAGCAUGCCUGGCGAAGCCACAGAGACUGUCCCAGUCACUGAGCAGGAGAUGCAACAGCCGCAAGUUGAGACUGCUGCACCCUCUGCCCCUGCAAGUCUGGCUACUUCAAAGAAACCUCAGACUGCUUCUGGCCCUGCCAAGCCCAAAGGCAAAGAGGCCAAGGGUGGCUCUGCCCCAAAGGCUGUCCCUUGCAGAAGAAAACGCUCUUCUAUGUCUGCCUCCUCUGCUUCUCCUACCUCCUCCACACCCCAUUCCCCCCUAGCUAACUCACCCGGGGCUUCUGGAACUCCCAGCCAGGGCAGUCGUGCCGCACCCAAGGUUGUGAAGGUUGGCAAACAAAGAAAGGCUAAAAAAGAGUAUUUUAAGCCUGCUGCUGACCUGCCAGCCCCAGCAGAGGCUCCUGCCCCCACAGAGGCCAAACCUCUUCCUAUGGAGCCUAAAGCUGCUCCUGCACCAGUAGUGGCCACGCCAGUAACUGUUGCUCCAGAGCCUGCCUCUCCCAAACCUGUGACGUCCCCUGUGUCCUUCAAAGUGACCUCAAAGCCUGCUGCACCAGCCCCUGUGUCAUUUGCUGCCGCUAUUGCCUCUCCCCCUAGAGCUGCUUCUGAAAUGCCCAUGGCCAAGCCAGAGCGUCUGCUCAAAGCUGAGGUGAAAGAGGUCAAUGCAGCACCUGCCCUGGAGGAUGACGAUGACCUUCCCCCACUAAUUCCACCAGAGGAGCCAGUAAAUAUGCCAGUCUUCUCACCCCCUACAGUAGUAGGUACUCCUAAGCCUGCCCCAGUUGCUUCUCCAGCUCCCCCUAAGCCAGCUCCUGUUGAGCCCGUUGUAGUGGCGUCAGCUCCUUUUAAGGCUGUUGUGGCUACACCAGCUCCCCUAAAGCCGCCUCCAGUUGUUGCUACAGCAGCUCCCUCUAAGUCAGUCCCAGUUAAGCCCAUUGUUGCUACACCAGCUCCCCUUAAGUCUGCUCCUGUUAAGCCAGUUCCAGUUAAGCCCAUUGUUGCUACACCAGAUACCCCUAAGCCUGCUCCAGUUGUAGCUGUACCAGCUCCCCCUAAGCCAGUUCCAGUUAAGCCCAUUGUUGCUACACCAGCUACCCGUAAGCCUGCUCCCCCUAAGCCAGUUCCAGUUAAGCCCAUUGUUGCUACACCAGCUACCCCUAAGCCUGCUCCAGUUGUAGCUGCACCAGCUCCCCCUAAGCCAGUUCCAGUUAAGCCCAUUGUUGCUACACCAGCUCCCCCUAAGCCUGCUCCAAUUGUACCUGCGUCGGCUCCUGUUAAGCCCGUUGUGGCUACAAUAGUGCCCCCUAAGCCAGUUCCAGUUAAGCCCGUUGUGGCUACACCGGCUCCCCUUAAACCUGCUCCAGUUGUAGCUGCAUUAGCUUCCGUCAAGGCGUCUCCGGUUGUAGCUUCGCCAGCUCCCGUUGAGCCAGUUAUAGCUGCACCAGCUUCCGUCAAGGCCUCUCCGGUUGUAGCUUCGCCAGCUCCUGUUGAGCCAGUUAUAGCUGCACCAGCUUCCGUCAAGACCGUUCCCGUUGUAGCUACUCCAACUCCUAUUGAGACCUCUCCGGUUGUACCAGCACCCGCUAAGCCAGCUCUUGUUGAGCCCGUUGUAGCUGCACCAGCUUCCGUCAAGGUCGCUCCCGUUGUAGCUGGACCAGCUCCCCUUAAGCCUGCUUCCUAUGCAGCCGUGGUAGCUGCACCAGCUCCCCUUAAGCCUGUUCCCAUCGAGCCUGUUGUAGCUUCCCCAGCUCCCCCUAAGCCUGUUGAAGUAGCCGUUGUACCAGCACCUGUUUCAAACCCUGCCCCCACCCCUGCUAAACCCCCUACCAAACCGGAGCCUGUGAUCAAGAAUGACAAGGGGUCUGGCACUGAAUCAGACAGUGAUGAGUCUGUACCAGAUCUGGAGGAACACGACUCUGCACAGACACAGCAAGCGCAGCUUGCAGCUGCUGCAGAAAUAGACGAAGAACCCGUUAGCAAAGCCAAACAGAGCCGUAGUGAAAAGAAGGCACGAAAGGCAAUGUCUAAGCUGGGUCUCAGGCAGGUGACGGGGGUCACCAGGGUUACCAUUCGCAAGUCUAAAAAUAUCCUUUUCGUUAUCACCAAACCAGACGUCUACAAGAGCCCUGCGUCAGACACGUACAUUGUCUUUGGUGAGGCUAAGAUCGAGGAUCUUUCACAACAAGCCCAGCUUGCCGCGGCAGAGAAGUUCAAGGUACAGGGAGAAGCAGUGUCGAACGUCCAGGAAAACACACAGACUCCCACUGUACAAGAGGAGAGCGAAGAGGAAGAGGUUGACGAGACAGGGGUUGAGGUGAAGGACAUUGAACUCGUGAUGUCACAAGCCAACGUGUCGCGAGCGAAGGCUGUACGCGCCCUUAAAAACAACAACAAUGAUAUUGUCAAUGCUAUUAUGGAAUUGACGAUGUAGGCUGCUGGUCGACGUGGGUUCUGAAAGUUUGCUGGUUUAAUCUACUAUUGUUUGUACAAUUUAUACCCGAGAUGGAAAUAAAGUUGUGGCUUGGUAAAUUGAA